CCAGUACAACAUCCCUUAGAGAAAAACUAAAUAUUUUUAGAGUUUACUUCGAUGGGCAGGUUCUCUCAUAUGAAGCUUGGGUCAUCAUCAGUUUCUAUUAUGAGUCUCCUUAUUAUCAUAACCAUGUCCUUGUUAAGUCAUACCUCUCAAGCCUCACCCACACCCAGAUAUUUUAAAAAGGCUUUAGAGAGGCACAAUCUUGCUCGGGCUGCGGUAGGUGUUGCUCCCCUUAAAUGGAGUGAUAGGAUUGCAGCUUAUGCAAGAAGAUGGGCUGAUAAGAGAACAGCCGACUGCAGACCGCUCCACUCUACCGGAGGAUAUUACGGUGAGAAUCUUGCAUUGGGUCCUUGGGGAGGACCAUUUCUUGUAGCAGAUGCCGUAAAUAUGUGGGUGGGGGAGAAAAAAUAUUAUGACCAUGAAACCAACUCAUGUCAUGCGCCGCCGGGUGAAUCUUGUGGGCAUUACAUGGCAGUCGUCUGCCGUAGGUCUACUCAUAUUGGUUGUGCUAAAAGGAUUUGCCAUGAUGGUGGUAUAUUUAUCAUUUGCGACUAUGGUCCUCCGGGCAAAUUAGGUGAACCUCCGUAUUAGAAACUGAAUUGGGAUUUUGGAAGAUCUUUUGCUAUCUUGUUCAUUAAGUAUGCUCAUAUUUUUAGGACAAACGAAAGAUGUUAUUUAGGAUCUUUCAUUGUAAUAAAACUUUUCAAUGAUAUGAGAUUUCUUUAGUCUUUCCAUUUC